AUGGCUAAGCAAUCCGACAAGCAUGGCAUCGUUUGGAAGAAGCGGAUUCUGGUUCCCCUCUGGAUCGUGCGCAUCAUCAUAAUGCUCUUCCUGAUCGUUGUAUACUCCCUCGCCGUCAAGAUGAUCCACGACAACCACGAAGAAGGCCUCCGCGCACCAGGCACCGGUACCGUCAUCGUCUUCAUGCUCUUCAUCGUCGCCGUCCUCCUAGCAGACGUCCUCGCAAUCGUCAUGUUCAUGCGCGAUGCGCUCGGCCCCAACACCUUCCUGAUCCUCAACUCCUUCCAGACCGGCUUCUGGACCGGCGUCCUGAUUUUGGAUUUCGUCGCGAUUGGAAGGGGCGCCAACGCCGUGGGCAUCGGUUUCACCAUCUUCGUCUACCUAACCUUCCUCGCCCUCUUCGUCUACGCCAUCAUCAACUACCGCCGCUCCAAAAAGCACGCCCAGCGCGGCAACUACGGUCCCGCGCACAACCCCCUCGCCCCUACCCCCGGCCAUCAAAAUGCAUACGCACCCCCCUACGCCGGCGCCACGCCCUACGGCCAGCAGAACACCGCGUAUGCGAGCGGCGGCGGAUCCCACGAACUGAACCAAAACCCUCAGCAGUAUUACGGUAACGCGCCGCCGUACGGUGGACAGUUUGCGGGUGCGACGCAAUAUGGGGGAGGAGCAGGAGGCGCGGCGGGCGAUUAUUACCAUCAGGAGCCUGCGAAGCCGGCGCAUAUGGUUUGA